UGUCUCUUUGUGGACAGACGUACUGAGAUCUGACUGUUGAUGUUGAUCCACAGAGUGGAGCAGCAGAACUCAGAGGUUCCCAGAGCUCAGUCUGUCCAGCAGCAUCACCUGGACUCCAUAUUCAUGCUGCUGGAGGACAACAUGGUGACUUUUGUGAAGAAGGAGCUGAAGAAGAUGCAGAAGGUUGUGAGUCCAGAUUACCCAGAAUGCUCAGAGAGUCAGAGGGAGGAUGAGGAGGAGUUGGAGGGUGAUGAUGAAGAUGAGAGGAGCAGCAGAGAGAUGUUUGAGCAGAUCACAGUGUUGUUCCUGAGGAGGAUGAAGCAGGAGAAGCUGGCUGACUGUCUGCAGAGCAAACUUGCUGCUGCAGUUUGUGGACAUAAACUUAAAUGUUCUCUGAAGAAGAAGUUCCAGAGAGUGUUUGAGGGCAUCGCUAAAGCAGGACAGAAGACCCUCCUGAAUGAGAUCUACACAGAGCUGUACAUCACAGAGGGAGGGACUGCAGAGGUCAAUGAUGAACAUGAGGUCAGACAGAUUGAAGCAGCAUCCAGGAAAGCAGACAGAGCAGAAAGAAGCAUCAGAGCAGAAGACAUCUUUAGAGGCUCACCUGGAAGAGAUGGACCAAUCAGAACAGUGAUGACACAGGGAGUGGCUGGCAUCGGGAAAACAGUGUUAACACAGAAGUUGACUCUGGACUGGGCUGAAGACAAAAGCAACCAGGACAUCCACUUCAUGUUUCCAUUGACUUUCAGAGAGCUGAAUGUGGUGAAAGAGAGAAAGUUCAGUUUGGUGGAACUUGUUCAUCACUUCUUCAGUGAAACCAAAGCAGCAGGAAUGUGCAGCUUUGAAGACUUCCAGGUUGUGUUGAUCUUUGACGGUCUGGAUGAGUGUCGCCUUCCUCUGGACUUCCACAACAAUGAGGUCCUGACUGAUGUUACAGAGUCCACCUCAGUGGAUGUGCUGCUGACAAACCUGAUCAGGGGGAAUCUGCUUCCCUCUGCUCGCCUCUGGAUAACCACACGACCUGCAGCAGCCAAUCAGAUCCCUCCUGACUGUGUGGACAUGGUGACGGAGGUCAGAGGGUUCACCGACCCACAGAAGGAGGAGUACUUCAGGAAGAGAUCCAGAGAUGAGGAGCAGGCCAGCAGCAUCAUCUCCCACAUGAAGACAUCCCGAAGCCUCCACAUCAUGUGCCACAUCCCAGUGUUCUGCUGGAUCACUGCUACAGUUCUGGAGGAGCUGCUGAGAAGCAGAGAGGGAGGAGAUCUGCCCAGAACCCUGACUGAGAUGUUCAUCCACCACCUGGUGGUUCAGACCAAAGUCAUGAAGGUCAAGUAUGAUGGAGGAGCUGAGACAGAUCCACACUGGAGUCCAGACAGCAGGAGGAUGAUUGAGUCUCUGGGAAAACUGGCGUUUGAGCAGCUGCAGAAAGGAAACCUGAUCUUCUAUGAGUCCGACCUGACAGAGUGUGGCAUCGAUAUGAGAGCAGCCUCAAAGUACUCAGGAGUGUUCACACAGAUCUUUAAAGAGGAGAGAGGGCUGUACCAGGACAAGGUGUUCUGCUUUGUCCAUCUGAGUGUUCAGGAGUUUCUGGCUGCAGUCUACAUGUUCCACUGUUACACCAACAGGAAGGAGGAGGUUCUGGAGGACUUCCUGGGAAAAGACUGGAAAGACUGGAACAGAGACACUCUGGAUGUGUUCCUGAAGAGAGUGAUGGAGAAAUCCCUGAGAAUUAAAAAUGGUCACCUGGACCUGUUUGUUCGCUUCCUUCAUGGCCUCUGUCUGGAGUCCAACCAGAGACUGUUAGGAGGUCUGCUGGGUCGGACAGAGAACCGUCCAGAAAUGAUCCAGAGAGUCAUCAACAACCUGAAGAAGAUGAAGAGUGAUGAAAUGUCUCCAGACAGAAGCAUCAACAUCUUCCACUGUCUGAUGGAGAUGAAGGAUCUCUCAGUACAUCAGGAGAUCCAAGAGUUCCUGCAGUCAGAGAACAGAUCAUGGAAGGAACUCUCUGAGAUCCAGUGCUCAGCUCUGGCCUACAUGCUGCAGAUGUCAGAGGAGGUUCUGGAUGAGUUGGACCUGAACAAAUACAGAACAUCAUGGGAGGGAAAACGGAGACUGAUUCCAGCUGUGAGGAACUGCAGAAAGUUUCGACUUUCUGACUGUAGACUCUCAGAGAGUCACUGUGAAGUCGUGUCUUCAGCUCUGAAGUCCAACCCCUCCCAUCUGAUAGAACUGAACCUGAGUGGAAACAACCUGCAGGAUUCAGGAGUGAAGCAUCUUUGUGAUGGACUGAAGAGUCCACACUGUAAACUGGAAGCUCUCAGACUGAGUGGCUGUAAUCUGUCAGAGAGAAGCUGUGGAGCUCUGUCCUCAGUCCUCAGCUCCCAGUCCUCCAGUGUGACAGAGCUGGACCUGACUAACAACAACCUGCAGGAUUCAGGAGUGGAGAGUCUUUCUGCUGGACUGGAGAGUCCACACUGUAAACUGGAAGCUCUCAGACUGAGUGGCUGUAAUCUGUCAGAGAGAAGCUGUGGAGCUCUGUCCUCAGUCCUCAGCUCCCAGUCCUCCAGUGUGACAGAGCUGGACCUGACUAACAACAACCUGCAGGAUUCAGGAGUGGAGAGUCUUUCUGCUGGACUGGAGAGUCCACACUGUAAACUGGAAGCUCUCAGGCUGUCAGGCUGUCUGGUCACAGAGGAAGGCUGUGCUUCUCUGGCCUCAGCUCUGAGCUUCAAGACCUCAAAUCUGAGAGAGCUGGACCUGAGCUACAACCAUCCAGGAGACUCAGGAGAGAAGAUGCUGAGAGCUAAAGUGGAGGAUCCACACUGUAGACUGGAAACUCUCAGGUACAGACAGACAGAC